ACACACUGCAUCAACAACCCUUGUCACUCACUAACCCACUAGCCGACACAUUUUACUAUAUAAUCAGUUUUAUACACAUAGCCAGUAUUACACACACUUACUUCAAGAUCUGAAAAAAGAAAAAAAAAAUCAAGAAUGGAGUAUGAUGGAAUUCUUUUGGGCAUGGGAAAUCCAUUACUUGACAUCUCAGCUGUUGUAGAUCAAGAUUUCUUGAACAAGUAUGAUAUCAAGCCAAACAAUGCAAUUCUUGCUGAGGAAAAGCACUUGCCUAUGUAUGAUGAAAUGUCAGCCAAGCCCACUGUUGAAUACAUUGCUGGAGGUGCAACACAAAACUCAAUCAGAGUGGCUCAGUGGAUGCUACCAUUUGCAGGCGCAACAAGUUACAUGGGCUCUGUUGGGAAGGACAAGUAUGGGGAGGAAAUGAAGAAAAAUGCCAAGGAUGCUGGCGUUAAUGUUCAUUACUACGAGGAUGAGACUGCUCCAACAGGGACUUGUGCUGUUUGUGUGCUAGAUGGCGAGAGGUCAUUGGUAGCCAACUUAUCAGCUGCAAACUGCUACAAGGUUGACCAUUUGAAAAAGCCAGAGAACUGGGCCUUGGUUGAGAAGGCCAAGUUUUACUACAUUGCUGGAUUCUUUCUCACCGUUUCCCCAGAAUCUAUUCAGCUUGUUGCUGAGCAUGCAGCUGCCAAUAACAAGAUCUUCUCAAUGAACCUUUCAGCGCCAUUCAUCUGCGAGUUCUUCAGAGAUCCUCAAGAGAAAGCCUUGCCGUAUAUGGACUUUGUAUUUGGAAAUGAGACAGAAGCAAGAACCUUCUCAAAAGUACAUGGCUGGGAGACUGAUAAUGUUGAAGAAAUAGCAUUGAAAAUCUCCCAAUGGCCAAAGGCAUCUGGAACACACAAGAGGAUUACCGUUAUCACACAGGGUGCUGAUCCCGUUGUUGUUGCUGAGGAUGGGAAGGUGAAGUUGUUCCCUGUUAUACCGUUGCCAAAAGAGAAACUUGUUGACACCAAUGGUGCUGGUGAUGCAUUUGUUGGAGGAUUCUUGUCACAAUUGGUUCAAGGAAAACCAAUUGCUGAUUGUGUAAGAGCAGGAUGUUACGCAUCAAACGUUAUCAUCCAGAGGUCGGGUUGCACAUACCCUGAGAAGCCAGAUUUUGCAUAAGAUAGUUCUUAUUUUUUUUCCAUUUCCAGUGUUAUGCCUAAUUGAGAGAACAAAAUUCGAAUUCUAUUUUCAAUUUGAUUGAGUAAUCCCAAAAUUUGGGCUUAUUGUUCCCAAAAUUUUGGCUUGUUGUAAGGAAUUUUGGUUGCCUUUAAAUAUCGUUUGAGAAUAACAUUCCAUUAGUAAAAUUAAAUUGUUUCCUGGGCAAA